AUUGAGAUUUCUGUAUAAACACUAGAAAUUUUAGUGCGGGAAUAACCUUAAUUUAAAAGUCGGCGUAUUUUGUCUUGCACAUUGUAUCUGUUCUUUCUUCUACUUUUUGUUUUAUUCCAGUUGUUUUACAUUUUGGCAGAACGCCAUUGUGUUGCCGGCCGGAGCAGGCAAUAGUUUGAUUCAGCGUGGGGUAAUUUCGAAGGCUUCGAGCCUUGGGUUUUAUUUGUUAAGGGUUUUUAAUAGCCGCAACCAUUUUCGCCCAGGUUAACUAUCAACCAACGAUGACGGAGCUACAGGCGACGCCUGUUUCUCAGGAAUCGUUGGCUGCUGCACAGUUAGAGCUCGGUGGUAAUCAAAAUGCCUUAGCGUUGAGACGACCUUUUGAUCCAGCUGCUCAUGAUUUGGAGCCUUCUUUCCGGCUUACUCGAUUUGCUGAUUUGAAGGGCAGAGGCUGCAAAGUCCCACAGGAGGUACUCUCAAAACUGUUGGAAGGGCUUCAACAUGAUGAAAACAACUCUCAAGAUCAUGAACACGCCCAUUUUAUGCAUAUGGCCAUCCCAAGAUAUGGCAUUGGUAUGGAUGCUUCAGUCACACCACUUCGGAAUGGAGGCCUUGUCCUUGUUCAGACAACUGACUUCUUCUAUCCUUUGGUCGAUGACCCUUACAUGAUGGGAAAAAUCGCUUGCGCCAAUGUGCUAAGUGACUUGUAUGCGAUGGGAGUUACAGAAGUGGAUAAUAUGCUGAUGCUCCUUGGGGUCUCGACAAAGAUGACUGAAAAAGAGAGGGAUGUUGUGAUUCCUCUUGUCAUGAGAGGUUUUAAGGACUCUGCAAUGGAAGCUGGUACCUCGAUCACAGGAGGCCAAACUGUUGUGAAUCCUUGGGUUACCAUUGGUGGUGUUGCCUCCACAGUGUGUCAACCAAAUGAAUACAUUGUGCCAGACAACGCUGUGGUAGGGGAUGUGUUGGUGCUGACCAAGCCUCUCGGCACCCAAGUGGCAGUGAACGCACACCAGUGGCUGGACCAACCGGAAAGGUGGAACAGGAUAAAGCUGGUGGUGUCUGAGGAGGACGUGAGGAAAGCGUACCAACGGGCGAUGGACUCUAUGGCUAGGCUCAACAGGAUCGCUGCGCGAUUGAUGCACAAAUACAACGCACACGGAGCCACAGAUGUUACAGGGUUCGGCCUGUUGGGACACGCACAGACUUUAGCUAAGCAUCAGAAGAAUGAGGUCUCGUUUGUGAUACACAACUUGCCUGUUAUUGCCAAGAUGGCUGCUGUCGCCAAAGCAUGCGGAAAUAUGUUUCAACUGCUCCAAGGACACUCAGCAGAAACCUCAGGAGGGCUGCUGAUUUGCUUGCCACGUGAACAGGCUGCUGCAUACUGCAAAGACAUUGAGAAGCAAGAAGGCUAUCAGGCAUGGAUCAUAGGAAUUGUAGAGAAGGGAAAUAGAACAGCCAGGAUAAUCGACAAACCAAGAAUCAUCGAAGUGCCUACAAAAGAAAAAGACGGAGAGUUGUGGUAGUUAAGUGUGAAAAAUUCCUGCCGGUUUAUUAUGUAAGAUUUAAGUAAGUUUUGUUCUCACAUUAAUAUUUUUAUACCAACUAUGUAUUGUGGACGGUUUUUAAAUUUUUAAUUUUUUUAUUAAUACAUUUUUUACAUCACAGUUAAUAAUUGAAAUGUCAUGUUCUAGCAUCGAGUACCACCAGUUAUUUAUUACAUCUCGAGUGAUAUGUAUAGAUUAAUGGAUGUUUUUACAAAUUGUAAUCUCUGUCUGAAGUGAUUUUGUACAAAGUCAAGUAUUAGCCUAAUCGCUUGUCUCUCGCUUUCCUGUUUUAUGUUCUUGAUCUGUUGUGAUGUUUGCAAGGCGAUUAAAUGAAACUAUUAUAUUCA